GCCUGAGGAGAUGCCGAGGGCCGCUCGGUUGGAUCCCAGCGCUCGGCCGCAUAGAACCGCUGGUCCGGCCCGGUUCGGUGCUCAGGGGGAUCCCGGUGUGUCCUGACGGCGCUGGGGAAGAGACUGAGCAGCUCCCUGAGCUCGGGAGUGAGGAUCGGUUGUGUUUUUAUUCCGAGUCUUCCCCAGUUAAUAAAGACGGAGAGAGAGAUCGAGCGUAGAGAGCAGCAAACAACCCAGCAGAUCUCACAGCAAAGGCUUUGAAGACUGCCGAGGAGGACACGAUUUGAAUCAUUCAAGCAUUAAAAUAGUAAUACCCAUGGAAGAGCCACAAGAUUUACCCGAGCAACCAGUGAAGAAAGCCAAGAUGCAGGAAUCCCGAGAGCAAAGCUUGAGCACUCAUGUGAGCAGCACAGAAGUCAGCGAUCAGAAACCUGAAUCUUCAAGCCUUGGUUCAAACCUUCCCAUGUCAACUGAGAUUAUGACAUGCACUGACUAUAUCCCAAGGUCAUCAAAUGAUUAUACCUCACAGAUGUAUUCUGCAAAGCCAUAUGCACAUAUCCUUUCUGUACCUGUAUCGGAAACAAUGAGCCCUUACCCUGGUCAGACUCAGUACCAAGCACUACAGCAAUCUCAGCCCUACACCAUCUACCCUCAGACCACCCAAACCUAUGGACUACCUCCUUUUGGUGCACUGUGGCCAGGUAUGAAACCUGAAAGUGGUUUAAUUCAGACUCCAUCUACAAGUCAGCACAGUGUUCUUACCUGCACUACAGGGUUAACCACAAGCCAGCCCAGCCCAGCACAUUAUUCUUAUUCCAUUGAAGCAUCAACUACCAAUGCCAGUCCAGUCUCUACAUCCUCAACUGUUGUCAAUAUUUCCACAUCAGCAGUAGCCAGCAUCUCACAGGAAUAUCCUACGUACACAAUCCUUGGCCAGAGUCAGUACCAGACGUGUUACCCAAGUUCUGGCUUUGGAGUCAUAACACCAGCAGACAGCAACGCGGAGAGUACUGCAUUAACAACAGCUACGUACCCAUCUGACAAACCAAAUGCCAUGGUGCCUACACGGACGGUGCAGAGACAUUCCUCUGGAGAUGCAUCCACAAGUCCGUCAUUGUCGAGGGCGACAGCAAGUAAAGAGUCAGAUGAACAGGCGAGAAAAAAUAUCCCUGGGAAGAACAGAGGGAAAAGGAAAGCAGACACCUCUUCUUCACAAGACAGUGAGCUGGAGCGAGUGUUUCUCUGGGACCUGGAUGAGACCAUCAUCAUUUUCCAUUCACUUCUCACAGGAUCUUAUGCUCAAAAAUAUGGCAAGGAUCCAACUCUGGUGAUUGGCUCAGGACUCUCAAUGGAGGAGAUGAUUUUUGAAGUAGCUGAUACUCACCUGUUCUUCAAUGACUUGGAGGAGUGCGACCAGGUACACAUAGAAGAUGUGGCAUCUGAUGAUAACGGCCAGGAUUUAAGCAACUACAAUUUCUCCACGGAUGGCUUCAGUGGCACAGGAAGCAAUGCCAACCACAGUUCAUCAGUCGGUGUCCAAGGUGGAGUAGAUUGGAUGAGAAAACUGGCCUUCCGUUACCGUAGGGUACGAGAGAUCUACGAUAAGUACAAAACAAACGUUGGAGGCCUUCUCAGCCCACAGAAGAGGGAAGCUCUGCAGCGACUAAGAACUGAUAUAGAAGUGUUAACAGAUUCUUGGCUGGAAACUGCAUUGAAAUCCCUGCUACUCAUACAGUCCAGAAAAAACUGUGUGAACAUCCUGAUCACCACGACCCAACUGGUGCCAGCUCUUGCCAAAGUUCUCCUCUAUGGAUUGGGAGAGGUGUUUCCCAUUGAAAAUAUCUAUAGCGCAACAAAAAUAGGAAAAGAGAGCUGCUUUGAGAGGAUCGUGUCCCGAUUUGGAAAGAAAGUCACCUACGUGGUAAUUGGAGAUGGGCGUGAUGAAGAGAUUGCAGCUAAGCAGCACAACAUGCCUUUCUGGAGGAUCACAAACCAUGCAGACCUUGUGUCCCUCCACCAAGCCCUCGAGUUAGACUUCCUGUAAGAAGCCGGAGCAAAGAUGUGACUGCGGCUCCUGCAAUCUCUCCAUCACUGGGGAGGCAAAGAUCUCCUACAGCUGGGGACUCCAUUUUCAGCUUGAUGAAGAAAAUGUACCUAAUGCAAACUGUCCAGUAGGCUCCAGGUCAUUUCCUCAGGAGCACAGACCCGGCCGAGUCCAAAGGUGUCCUGUGAGAAGCACUAGACUCAGCAGAGCUAGAGCUUGACUGGCGAAGAGACUGAUGGAAUCCAGCUGAAUUCUUCUGGCAGGUAGUCUCCAGAGGGAGGGGGCGACACAACUCUUACAGACACUUCUGCUUUUCUAUUCAGCUUAGUUAUAGAACCCAAGUAAACAGAAAACCUUAUUUUUAUAGAAAAAUACUGAUGGCGGAGCUGAACCUCCCUUGUUUUGCAAAGCCAAAAAGAGCUCUUGGUUUGGUUUGUUUGUUUUGUUUUCCAUGGGAAAUAUUAAUGAAAAUGUCAGAAAUACCUCUACUGCUGUGCAAACGUGUCCUCUCUCCUUCUCUGGGUGUUCAAAAGCAGUUAAUUUAUUAUUAUGUCCUUACAUUGUUUCUUCAAUGUGGGAUUGAUCCCAUUCUGGGAUGUAAGAGGUUCCUUGUUGCUGUUGGUUGUUCCCAUUGGCUUCUAGGCAGUGUGUCUACAAUGCACGUAACUGAGCCCUGCUAACGAGCAGGGAGUGAUUGGAUUCAAGCUGUCCAUGACCCAGACCAUAAAUCCCACAGAUUGUUCCUGGAUGUGAAAAUGAAGCUGCCAAUGAACCUCAGAGACAGCGCAGCACUAUUGGAGAGAGCUGAGACCUGAACAGAGCCCUCAUUUGAGCUAGAAGUGAUUCGAGAGAGAACUAAAUUCUCACGAGUGUUACAAGGAAGGAUAAUGGGAACUGAUCUUUGCCUCUGCUUUUCUGACUCCAUUUGUGAGAAUAUGUUCCCUUUGGUAGAAUCAGAUUCAAUUGUCUUGUAUUCUUUGCAUUAGCCUAACUACAUAGUUAGAAACAAAAUAAAGCCCUUGACGGGAGGUACUUCAUUCUGUAACACACUGUGACUUGGCAGCCUGCAGCACGCUGGCCUCAGAAGUGAUGGAUACACUGAUUUAUUUGAUUUGAUUUGAUUCUUUUGCUACCAUCUCAGAAUAUAAGGCUGGGGUCGGUGUGCUGCAGUACUGCUGGCCAGAAAGGCAGCUUUAGGCUGGGGGCUGCUUUUGUGCCAGGUCAGGCUGUGGGCAGUGCUGUCUGCCAUCCAGCUGUGCCCCCUGAUGGCACCAAACCAGCAGAUGCCUGAGGUUCCUGUACACAGGAUGGAUGCCUGCUUUGCUGUUGAGCCAAACACCGCAGCUGCACCCAAACCCUUCCAGUCUGUGUUUCCAGCUCAGCAUCACCCAGCUGUGUCCGCUGGGGGCCAGUUUCAAAGGCACAAUGUUACUUAGGAAGGAUGCUGGCUGCUCAGGUUGUGCCCACGGGAGCAGGUGAUGUUUGCUGCAUUCCUUUCAUGGCAUUAAUUACUGAGGAAUCAUUUCUAUCAGUGCUGGGGUGGCUCAGCACACGCGUGGAUGUGUCCUAUAAGGGACUGCUGUGAAGUGUGUCACUGCUGGGGCUGCUGAAGGUGUGGAUUGGAUCCUGGUUUCAGCUCUGGUUUUGGCUGUAGAGAUAAAUGCAAGUCAGAGGAGUUUGCUUUUAUCUGAGAUGGCUGCAGGAGUGGGAGCCCUUCCCUUGGCACAGAUGACACUGCAGCCAGCAGCUCCUGCUUUGGUUCUUUAAAAUGUUUGAAGGGAAUUUUUAAGAUGGUGACAAACCUUCAGCUGAGUGUGGACCUAUUGCAGCCAGUGGCGUUUUAUACUGAUAUUUAUACGUCUCCUUGAAUGUAUGUAAAGUACUUUUAUAACAGGAGGUUGGUGGUACAUUUCUGUGUUUGUUUAAUAAAGGCUGAUUUUGGUUUUUCCCUCUGCUGGCUGCUCCUCAGCAUUUUCCUGCCUCACCCAGCAGAGGCAGCUCCUUUAACCUGAGCAUUGAUUUCCUUCUAUGUCCCUUUGCUGUUCCCAACCCGGCUGCAAGUUGAACUGCUGACAAAUGCCAAAUGGAAGCAGCCUCCUCCCGGCUCCUCACUGGGCUCCCACAUCACUGUGCAGGCCCUGGGGCUGCCCUUCGUCCUGUGGUGGGAGCUCACAGAGCCCCUUGUGUGCUCACAUGGGAGCCCUGGGGCUGCCGCGUGUGCUCUGUGUAAUGGGAACUGUCCUAUGAACUGGAAAGAAAAAAUAAAGUCUUUUAUUUUCUAUAA